CAAACUCUGAAACAAUUCUCUCUUCUUCUCUUCACCCUCCCUCCCAUCCUUUGCUCUUACUCAAGGUUUUAUGUACGUACGCCUUUCCACUGCUGUUUUCCUUGCUUCAACAUGGGGACUUGUCAGAUCGAAGAUUAUUUGCUUAGCACUGGUGAACCCAAGUUACAUGAUGAGAUGAGCAGGAGUCUACGUGCUUCAUAUGUGAAAGUCUUGACGAUAUUUCCCCAUGUAGAAUCAGCUAGGCCAAGGAGCAAGUCUGGCAUCCAGGCACUAUGUGCUUUACACAUAGCUCUUGAGAAGACUAAAAAUAUUCUUCAACACUGCGUCGAAUGUAGUAAACUUUACUUGGCAAUAACUGGAGACUCUGUUGUUCUGAAAUUUGACAAGGCAAGAAAUGUACUCGCGGAUAGUUUAAGGCGAGUAGAAGAUAUUGUUCCUCGUGUCAUUGGUUGUCAGAUUGCUGAAAUUUUAGACGAACUCAGGAAGAUUGAAUUCUCGCUUGAUCCAGUGGACAAGCAAAUUGGUGAUGAUAUCAUUGUAUUACUCCAACAAGGGAUAAACUCCAACCCCAGUUCUAGUGACAGCAAUGAGUUUCAAUCUUUUCACAAGGCUGCUUCUAAACUGGGUAUCACCUCUUCGAAAGCAAUACUUUGGGAAAGAAGGUCUUUAAAGAACCUCAUGGAAAGAGCACGGGGUGAGGAAAAUAAAAAGAAGGGGGCUAUCACAGCUUACCUUCUUCAUCUCAUGACAAAAUACUCAAAGUUGUUCAGGACUGAGUUCUCCGAUGACAAUGACUCGCAGGAGUCAACACCUUGCUCACCCUCUAUCGAUGGAUCUUUGGAGGAUAGUAGUUUGUGUGGCCGCAAUGGUUGUGAUUUUGACCGCCAAAUAUCAAAACUGAGUUCGCUCAGUUACAAGUCAAACUUUAGGAGAUCAGAGCAUAUGCCUGUCCCCCCAGAAGAGCUAAGGUGUCCAAUAUCAUUGCAACUUAUGUAUGAUCCAGUUAUUAUUGCUUCUGGGCUGACAUAUGAAAGGGUUUGCAUGGAAAGAUGGUUUGCUGAUGGGCAUAAUACUUGUCCUAAAACUCAGCAGCUGCUCCCUCAUCUUUCUCUGAUUCCCAAUUACUCUGUCGAGGGUUUGGUGGCUAGUUGGUGUGAACAGAACGGGAUUCCUAUUCCAGAUGGACCACCAAUAUCAGUUGAUCUCAACUAUUGGAGGCUACCGUUGUCAGAAAGUGAUUCUUCAAAUUCAAGGUUGAUAGGAAGUGUUGGUGCAUGCAACUACAAGGCUGUUAAAGUGGCACCUUUGAAUGAAGGCGGUAUCAUUGAGGAGGAUAAAGGAAAUGAAGAGGAAACAGUUUCUGCACGGCAGGAUGAUUAUGAAGUAAAUGCAUUUCGACUGUAUGAGGACUUUUUGAACAUUUUAGAGAAGGAGGAUGACCUAAUGAAGAAAUGCAAAGUGGUAGAGCAAAUAAGGCACUUGCUAAAAGAUGAUGAAGAAGCCAGGAUUUAUUUGGGGGCUAAUGGUUUUGUGAGGCUAUUUUUGGGUUUUCUGGAAGCUGCUGUUUCUGCCCGGAAUGGGAAGGCUCAGGAAAUUGGUGCAAUGGCCCUCUUCAACCUUGCUGUAAAUAAUAACAGAAACAAGGAAUUGAUGUUGGAAUCAGCAGUUCUUACAAUACUGCAGAAAAUGAUUGCUACCACUGAUUCGGUUGGAGCAGCAACGGCCCUUUACCUGAGUCUUUCCUACCUGGAGGAGGCCAAGCCUCUUAUUGGAACUACCGAGCCUGUCCCUUUCUUAAUCUGGGUACUUAAGCACUACACUGACGUACAAUGCAAGCUUGACGCACUGCACACGCUCUAUAAUAUUUCUAGUCAUCCUACUAAUAUCACUCAUCUUGUGUCAUCUGGCAUCAUCGAUGCCCUAGAAGAUAUUAUUGCACAUCCUAGCGACCAUAACUGGAGGGAGAAAUGUAUUCCUGUACUAAACUAUUUAGCAUCAAGCAAAGCUGCAUGUGACGACAUCACAGCAGCUCCUGGCCUCAUUAGAGGGAUUGCUACUAGUUUGGACGUCGGUGAGCAUGUCAAACAAGAACAAGCUGCAACAUGUCUUCUCAAAUUGUGCAACGCAAAUGAAAAAUGCAGCCAAGUUGUCCUUCACGAAGGUGUGAUACCUUCAUUGGUGUUGAUCUCGGUGAACGGGACAACAAGAGGGAAGCAGAAAGCCCAAAAGCUUCUAAUGUUGUUCCGGGAACAACAGCAGCGGGAUCCAUGGCCUGAUCGUACUCAGCAAUUGCGUGAGAUUAAUGCAGUGGCCUUGUCUGCUCGAGAUUCAAAACCAUUGAGGAAGAUGGAGUCCAGAAGAAAAGUAGGGAAGGCAUGGAAUAUUUGGUUCAAGAACAAGAGUUUUCCUGCUUACAAGUCUUGAAAAGAGUUGCUAAGUCACAUCAGUGGUUAGUGUUUUAAUGUUCUAUCGCCUGUAUUGAAUGGGUUUUUCCUCAACAACUAGGAUAGGUUCAUGUAAUGUUAUCCUUGUAAAUUUACUGUAGGUUUUCAGGGAAGCUUUUGACAAAAUUAGGUGUGAAUAGUUUUGUAUGAACUGCAUGCCACGAAUUAAGAGCUUGUUUGGUUGUACAAGAUAAUGGAUGCAUAAGUAAAAGUUUUAUAUUUGAUUCGGAA